UCUUCCGACUCUGAGAGGAAAAGGCUAUUCAAGGGACCAGAAAGGAACAUGAAAGAUUUUGACAUGGAAAUGAAGACGGACUCAUGAAACGGAGGACUGGAGAACAUGGUCACAUCGAGCAGAACAGAGUUCACCGUAAACUCAUCUGUAGCCUGCUAUUUUUAUUUGUAUUCUGAUCGUCAUGGAUUUAUUAGAAGUUAGUCUUAUUGUAGGCUAUCACUUUUAAACCAUUCAAAUUCACACGCGAACUGUGAUUCUCGACGAAAUGGAGUUCAGUUGCCUUUCUAAAGUGUAUAUAAAGUCACCAGAAUCGAAAUCUAAUGCGAUAUGACUGUCUGAUCGAUUGAAUGACUCUUCUGGAAGACCUGCCUCGUGUGAAGAGUUUCGUCGGGUUUAGAGAUUUACAGUCGCUCCGUCGUUUCAUGUAUAUUUUAAUUCACAAUAAAGAGCAGGACUAUCAGGAAGGUUAGUAACAUAGUAGGCUAUUCACUGCAACAUAAACGGAAAAUAGCUAGGAAAACAGUUCAUAAAGCGUAGAAGGAGACGGACUGACCAUGAUUAUAGUGUCCGGUUCUGUCCGAGACUAACGACUGCAGCGUCCGUCUUCUGAGUCCGACAUGAAGGAAAAGUCCAAGAAUGCUGCGAAGACACGAAGAGAAAAAGAAAAUGGAGAAUUUUAUGAACUGGCCAAACUGUUGCCGCUGCCCUCGGCCAUCACAUCUCAGCUGGACAAAGCGUCCAUCAUCAGACUGACCACAAGCUACCUGAAGAUGAGAGCCGUGUUUCCAGACGGGCUCGGAGAGGCCUGGGGUCAGUCAUCACGGGUCAGUCCUCUGGACCUCCUGGCCAAAGAUCUGGGAUCUCACCUGCUGCAGACGCUGGACGGGUUUGUGUUUGUCGUCGCGGCUGACGGUAAAAUUAUGUACAUCUCGGAAACAGCUUCAGUACAUCUGGGUUUGUCACAGGUGGAACUGACCGGUAACAGCAUCUUUGAGUACAUUCAUCCAUCAGACCACGACGAGAUGAGCGCCGUGCUGAGCGCACACCAGCCGCUGCAGCCACACUUCCUGCAGGAGCUGGAGCGCUCGUUCUUCCUGCGGAUGAAGUGUGUUCUGGCGAAGCGGAAUGCAGGACUCACGAGCGGCGGUUAUAAGGUGAUCCACUGCAGCGGUUACCUGAAGAUCCGUCAGGUGGUGAUGGAUGUGUCUCUGUACGAGUCGUGCUAUCAGAUCUUGGGGCUGGUGGCGGUCGGUCAGUCUCUUCCUCCCAGCGGUGUCACCGAGAUCAAACUCCACAGCAACAUGUUCAUGUUCCGCGCCAGUCUGGACCUCAAACUCAUCUUUCUGGACAGCAGGGUGGCUGAGUUAACGGGUUACGAGCCGCAGGAUCUGAUUGAGAAGACUCUGUACCAUCACGUCCACGGCUGUGACGUCUUCCAGCUGCGAUACGCACAUCAUUUACGUGAGUUGCUGCAUGCGCUUCAUCAGAUACUCUGA